CUCUAAUUGCUAAAUGAGACAUUCUGGAUUCGUCUAAAUAUCACCCGCUCCCUUAAUGCCCUUGUAAUAUAAAAUUAAUGGCUAGAAACUAUUCGGUUUAAUCGGUACCACUUGUCGCAACAACACCUAUGUAUUAAUCUCUGAUCCAGGUCUAAUAACCAUAACCAUAAAUUGUGAGAGUACUAAUUCAAUCUAAAUGUUCGAAUAGCAAAGGCCUAUUCAUGUGGUCGAUUUGGAAUAGUACGAUGACAUUUGGAGAAAAAAAGUUGAAGACCUUGAAAAGCAAUUAAGAGAACUCUAAAAACAAAAACCAUAGCCAGUCAUUUAGGCUCCAGGUUAUUUUAAAUGUUAUUUCCAAGAGCCUGUGAUCGAAUUACGCGCUGGUGCAGACACUGAAGAUUUGGAAAGACAGAUCUCUCAACUCCAACUAGAAUUGUAUAAAACUAAAGAAGAUUAUGAAGAUUUAUUCUAAAAGUACAAUGACAAUCUUAGCGAAUUGGAAAAAUUGAAAUGUAAUAUCUAAAUAAUGUUAUUUAAGAGUAAUUGAAAAGUCUUGUCUGUACUGAUAAUACUGUUGAGUUAAAAAGGAAAAUCGAAUAACAAGAUAAAGAAAUCGAGAGAUUGAAGGCUUUGCUUGCUUCCCAAGUUCCUGUUGGUAUAAAUCACUCAAUAGCAAUUCAAUAGCAAAUGACGAUUCCGAAUAGUUGAAGCUGUAUUAAAAGAGGAUAUCUGAUUUAGAGAGUUAAUUACAAGACUCAAUUUUAUAAGUGGAAAGAUAUAGACAGGAGAAUUCUCAACUCCUAUCCUAAUUGAACUUCUUUAAGGAUUAAAUCCACGAGAAGGAUGAAAAGAUAAAGGAAUUAGAAGGCUAAAUUGAAGAACUCAAUAAUGAAAUGGAUGGCAUGCAGGAUGAAUAGGAGGAGAUUAUUGAGCAAAGGGUUGAAACUAUUAAAAAGGAAUUGAAGAGUUGGAAGGAUAAAUUUUUGGCUUUAAAUGCUCAAUUUCACGAUUAAUAGGAAAAAUUAAUGUUAACUGAAGCUGAGUUGGAUCACAUUAAAAAAUAAGGAGGUGCUGGAACUAAGGUAAAUUCAAUAGACAUCUUAAUUAUUAGGGUAGCUAAGUAAUAACUACGACGACUACAACAAAAUAAUCUAAAUGAAUAUUAG